UGGUUGUGUUUCUGUAUGGUGUUCAUUUGUCGCGUUCGGGGUCUUUCACAACUCUGAUUAAUUUGCAAUUCUCUUUAGAUUUUGCCAUGACGUCACUACCUCGCAUUCGUUGGACUCUAAAAAUGGCGGCCAAAUCGUGUGAAUCCUGAAGAGGACAUUUUGGUUGGGAGAAACGAAGCUGAACUCUCUUGGAUUUGGCUGUUUGGAUGUUAUUGUUUAGCUGACAAACAAAAGCGCUUAUUAAGGACGAUGUCUUUACAUUACGGGGCGCCAUCUUAACUUUCAAGCCGCGAAUCAGCCAAGUGUUCCAGGGUGAUGCGGUUCGAAAGAGUUUGAAAGUGAAAUAUACCGAGAUUGUUCUUGUGGGGACUUCACUUAAUUUUCUACUUGGACGUAGAAUCAGACAGAGGAAAUGAAAGAUAUAGUAUUCUUAGAAGGCAUUUUAGCCGCUGUUGCAUCCCAAGAUACGCAAAAAAGACUGAAGGCGGCCGAAGACUUCUCGAACUAUCUCAGCGAUCCUUCAAAUGGAAUAGAGUUCAUUGGUUUCGACAAGCUCCUGGAUGGUCUUAUUGGCUGGGUCAACAGCAGUAAUUUUAAGAUAAGCCUGACUGGACUGGAUCUCCUUCAUCAGAUUGUUGAUCGCCUUGGAGCUAAUUUUCGGAGCCAUCUUUUGCCAGUUGUCCCUGCUAUCAUUGAUAGGUUAGGAGACAGCAAACAACAGGUGCGAGACUCUUCUCAAGAAUUACUGCAGAAGUUUAUGUACCCUGUUUCCACACCUCAGCACGUUCUUGAACAGUUAAUCCCCGCAUUUGGACACAAGGCCUGGCGAGUGCGAGAGGAAGUGCUACACUGUCUUGUUACUGCUCUAAAUUCAUUUGGUCCAUCAUCUCUGACAAUCUCAAAAUUUGUGCCACACAUCUGUAAGCUUCUUGGUGACCCAAACAGUCAGGUUCGUGACAGUGCAAUCAAUAGUCUAGUGGAAAUUUACCGGCAUGUUGGUGAGAAAGUGAGAGUCGAUCUAAGCAAGAAGGGAAUACCGUCGUCUAGAUUAUCAAUUAUUUACGCAAAAUUUGAUGAAGCAGCCAGGUCAGGAAAUAUGGCCAUCAACGAACCAAAUGGAUCUUCAAGAUUGAAUGGUGAAGUGGAGACAGAUGGUGCAAAGCUUUCCACGGCAGCGCCUUCCAGAGCUGGAUCAGCCAAAAAGUCUGCACCUCAGAGGAAAAUCAGUGGAGCAAAAACGUCUGGCUCGUCCUCGAACUCGGGUACAACAUGUCUUAACUUAAAUUAGUAUCUGGUCGCUUCGCUCCAUGGUUAGAUCGCUCCAAGUCAGUUCGCUCCAACCAGAAGUUAGAUCGCUCCACACGAGAAGUGAUAUCGCUCCAUGCAGAAGUGACUUCUUUCCAUGUUAUUUUAGUGUUAACUUAAGUGCCAAGUGCUUACUAGAUUGUAGCAAGAUCAUCGUCUCUUGGUGGUAGCUAACUUGCCUAACUGAUGUUAUUGUCCAUCGGUUUAUGAAGAUGAUUUUCAUUAAGAAUGAAGGCUUUUUUGUUGAUUCAAAACGUACAAGAAUUUAUGUCGAUCAUCAGGAAGGCCAAAGCGUAAUCGAAUGAAAUGAAAUUAUUGACCACACAUUAUAAAAAGUCGAAGUCAGUUCUCGUGUGGAGCGAUCUAACUUUUGGUUUGUGCGAACUGACUAGGAGCGAUCUCACUAUGGAACGAAAUGACCGUAAUUCCUUAAAUUAACUCUCCCUUUAAUUUUCUCCCUCUAAUUUUCUAUAAAAUUGAUGCCAUGGAAGAGAACCAAACGCCAAUCAAGUAACAUCGCAAACAAGCGAGGCGAAAGUUGUGGAUAUUUUUGUGGAGUAAAAGUUGGAAAUCAGGAUUUUGGCUGGUAGUUCUAAUUUGACGCAAUGCUCAUAGGCCGUCCAUGCUCUGAUGUUAGCAUACACAUUCUCCAUACUGAUUUCGACACAUUUCUCAUAGCACAAGUGAAGAGAAUUUAAUUAUGUAACAGAACAACUUCCUGGCCAGAUUGUCGUCAGUUUCUCUAUUGUCUGCAUACGAGCCAAGUGGCCCAUCAGGCCAGAGUUAUCCCGGUUUCUGUAGUAUGAAGCGACUAGAGUAUUUCUUAACCACCUCUCCCUAGAUGGGAUGCUAGUCCAUCGCAGGGUUACUCCCAGCAUUA